AUGAGUGAUUCUGAAAGUGACGUUUCUAGUGUUAUCUCUAGUGAUACUUCUGGAGAUAGUGAACCUUCUGAAGAUAGUGAACAAACCUACAUAAAUAACACAAAUGGUUCAAAAGGUAAAAAACGACAACUCGAGGAAGAAGUGACAUUGUCAGUAGACAUGUCAGAGGACAAUGACGGUCCUGCUCUAGCCUGGUUUCCAGGAGUAAUACCACCCGAAGAAACAGAAUACAAGUUGUAUGUACGUUCCGAAGCAAAGGAUGCCAAAUUAAUGAAACAGAAAAUCUUGUUUGGCGAAACUAAUUAUGUCGAAUUGAAUGGAGUUAAUUAUAGCGAACUAAAAGACAUGAAAGACAUGUAUGGAUAUUUAGUGGGAGUGUAUGAUAAAGAAACUAGCACUGUGACAUUAAAAGAGAUUCCGGUGUUCAACUUUUCUGUGGUUGUGAAGAAGAGAAAACUUAUGAAAAAACCAGAAUCUUCAGUGAAAAAGAGCUAUGCAGAGGCCAGAGCGGAUCUUGGCAGAACAUUUGGCAACAAAAAGCUUAUACAGCGUAUUAACGACGCCGAAAAAAACGCUGUAUAUGCUGAUAUGGUGGAAGCUUCUACUCGAGAUUCCAUAAUACAAACCGUCGAAGAUAAAUUACAAAUGCUGCCGUCUACGGAGCAAGUUAAUAGUGACAUUGAUGCGAAUCGAAAUAUCCCCCCAUAUAAUGCGCAAGCGACAGAACCUGCUAACGUCUAUAAACUCGAAGAUAUUGUACCGACAAAUGAGUUGAACAUGGUACCAAUCAAACAGAUUUUGGACGCUACGACCUCGGAAGAGGCAUUGCAAUUAUUCCCGUUCAAGAAUUCAAAGUAUAUCACAUCACAUUUGUUAAAAUAUUGGAAUUUUAAAUUUGACCAGCAAACACGACGAAAAAUCCAAAUUUUGGUCUACAUCUCGUAUCUGAUGUGUUUCAGUUCACAUCAGAAGACUAUUGAAAGACGCGGAGAAGUCGCCAAGAGCUUGAAUAGUCCACCUCGAAAAAUGACGCCAGUAUUACAAAACAAGUUAUACAGUUAUGCGUUUGUAUUGUGUCUUAUAUUGGAUGAAUAUGUCCUUGAUCCGACUAACUUAGCAAAUGACUUGUGUGUCGCAAAACAAAGAAUAAACGAUAUCUUUAAGUCUUUAGGAUGUCGCGUUGACAAGCUAACAAAAGAAGAACGCGAAACUGCCGGCUUCACAGCUGUUGAAGCGAGAUCCAUGAAGAGAGCAAGGUUGCAAGCCCCACCUGUUUUCCCAGUGAAAAAACAGAAGAAGUAA